GGUAUGGUGUUCCGUUAGAACAGUGGCUUUGCGUUAUGACGUCUUUACAGCUGGCCAACCAUAGCUCGUCCGUGUAGCACUAAACAGAAACAGAAAGGUUUCUCUGAUCAGGAAAACGUCAUAAUCGAGGGGGACUUUCUACCGUUUACAGCGUGAGAGCACAAACCCGGUCUGUAGAAGCAGAUUUAACCUAAUCUGAAGAUACAUGACAGCAGUCAGGAGGUGUUGUUUACAUCUCUGAUCAUGGAUUGGAGCACACAGCAGAUGUUUUACACUAUAAUAUUCCUACUGUCCGGAUUAGGAGGUUGCGUUUCAGCUGUAAGCAACGGAAAUGGCACGUUUUCUAUCCAGCACAAUAGCAAUGGGAAGUGCCUCCUGGUCCAGGAUGGAGUCUUGAAGUUGGGAGCCUGUUCGUCAGUGCCAGCCGUUUUGUGGAAGUGGGGUUCAGCCCACAGGCUGUUUAACAUGCAGUCGUCCACGUGUCUGGGUCUAGAGGUGCGCACCAAUAUGUUGACCAUGUUCAGCUGCGACUCCGAUGCACUCCUGCGCUGGAAGUGCCACGAGGACAUCAUCUACACCGAAUACCAAAUGAAACUCAGCGUCGGGACUAACGACUCUGUCACUGCCAAGAUCGACGGAAAGGACACUUGGAAAAGAGGAGGGAGCUCGGAUAACAUCUGUCAUCAGCCGUAUCGAAGGAUGCACACAAGCGGGGGGAAUUCCAAUGGGGCGCCCUGUGAGUUCCCCUUUUACCACAAUGGGACCUGGCACCACAACUGUCUGCCUGGCACUGAAGACAAGACUCUGGACUGGUGCUCCACCACAGCAAACUAUGAUCAAGAGAACAAGUGGGGGAACUGUCUGAAGUAUGUGGAGGGAUGUUCUUCUUCUUUAUGGGAUGAAAGCCCAGUGAAAGGACGCUGCUAUCAGGUCGUUUCCACAGCGGUGGUGACCUGGCACGAGGCACGGGAUGCCUGUCAGAAUCAAGGAGGAGAUUUGCUCAGCCUGUCUAGUCCUCAAGAGCUUGAGUUCUUUAGAAAUAAGACAGACUUGCCAAGUAAGCUGUGGAUCGGCUUGAACCAUCUGGACUGGAUGCAGGGCUGGCAGUGGUCAGAUGGAUCCGCUUUAUCUUUCGCCCCUUGGGAAACAGGCAUGCCAAUCAGAUCCCUUUUGUCGGACGAGGACUGUGGGGUUCUGAAGGAGCCGCUGCGUUUCGGCGCAGAGACGUGUGAACAUCGGCUUCCAUUCAUCUGCAUGAAGAGUGAUAACGGCAGUGAGAGUCCAGCAGUCAGGGAGGUAUAUAAGCCCACGGCGUGUGACAAUGGUUGGAUUGGAUGGAAAGGAUUUUGUUAUCAACUCGAAAGUGGAACAAACUCAAAUCUAACGCAUCAUGAAGCUCAGAAUGUGUGUAAUAUGGCUCACUCUCACCUUGCCAGCAUCCACAGUUUAGAGGAUAUUGAAAUGCUAUACACACAUUUUCACUCAGAUCUAAAGGCAGAUGUAUGGAUUGGUCUUUCGGGUAAUGGAACCACCUCAGUUUAUAACUGGGGCGAUAAUGUACCAGUGUCUUUCACAUACUGGGCCAGAGCUCAACCUCCACCUCUUCUACCAAAUACCAUCCACUGCGUGUACUAUUCAGGAGAGCAUCAUACAUGGUCUGUGUCCGACUGUGAAAAGCAGAGGGCUUACAUGUGUAUGAAGAAUGGGACUGUGAAUGAGAGCACCUCAGAGGAAGGCUGUCCUACAGACGGGAACUGGAAGAGGCAUGGCGGCGCUUGCUAUAAAGUGGACAGAGAGCUGGUGUCAUAUAAAAACAGCUGCCACAUCAGCAUUAAUAACAGAUUUGAGCAGGCCUUCAUUAACAGUCUUCUGAAAGAGCUUAUCAGCACUGAGGUGUUGUAUUUCUGGACGGGGCUACAGGGCAGUAAAGGCUCCAGGGAGUACCAGUGGAUCGGUCAGGAUGGGACAUCAGUCCCGGUCACCUAUACUAACUGGAAAAGGCUAGAACCCGCGUUCCCUGGGGGCUGUGUGGUGAUGUCUACCGGGAAUCCUUUGGGCCAGUGGGUUGUGAAGAACUGCACUCUGUUCAAAGCUGGCAAUAUCUGUAAGAAACAUAUUAAAUCAAUGAUCCAACCCACCCCGGAUCCAAUUGUGCCCAAUCCCAAUGCUUCCUGUGCACCCGGAUGGGUUUCGAUGGAAGGCCUGCUACACUGUUACAAGGUGUUUCACGGGGAGCGUUUGACCAGGAAGCGCUCAUGGGACGAGGCAGAGCGUUUCUGUCAGGCACUAGGGGGUCAUUUGCCAAGCUUCACUGAGGCUAGAGAUAUGCUAGUGUUAGAUUCCAUCCUGAGAGACUCUAUCAGCGAUGAUCGUUUUUUCUGGGUGGGACUUAAUCGCCGAAAUCCAAAUAACAACAACAACUGGGAAUGGAGUGACGGGCGUCCGGUCUCCAUGAUGAUCUUUCCUGAUGAAUUCAAUGAAGAUGAUGCCUAUGACAGGGAUUGCAUUGCGUUUAAGACUUUGAAAAGAAAGUCGUUUUUCCACUACCUGUUUCAAAACUCCCAUCCAGAGACUUUUUAUCCCAGCACCUUUCACUGCGAUGCCAAACUUGAAUGGGUGUGUCAGAUACCACGAGGUCAAACACCAAAGACACCAGAGUGGUACAACCCAGAGGGGCAACAUAGCACAUCAGUGUUUAUAGAUGGCCAGGAGUUCUGGUUUGUAACAAAGCCAAAGUUGUCCUUUGAGGAAGCGGGCUUGUACUGCAGCUACAACAGCAGCAAACUCGCCUCACCCAACACCCCUGAUGCCACACAAAGCCUACAGAAAGAACUUCGUAAGCAUUCGCAACAACAGACUGAAAAGUGGUGGGCAGACAUACCUGAUCCUCGUUUUCACUUUAGGCACCGCUCCAUGUAUCCCUAUUAUUCAGCGUUUCUGGGCAGGUGCCCCUCUAUCACUCCUUCCGGGUUUGAAUCCGAUUUCAGAAACAACUGUGAUGAAAGACAGCCGUUUGUGUGCGAGACCCUGAACAUCACUUCUGCGGAGAAAGGAACCCCAAAACCGCACCCACCCGGCACCCAGUGUGGGUCAAAUUCACAUCAGUUCAGAGACAAGUGCUACAUAGUUUUAUCUGACACUUAUUUCCAAAGCUUUAAAAAAGCCAGUGAGUUUUGCACGACAAUGAAAGGAACGAUGCUCACCAUAUCUGACCAAGUUGAACAGGAUUUCAUCACUACACUUUUACCGGGGAUACCCGGACAGCCUCAGAAAGUCUGGAUUGGCCUCAAGAUUUAUUCUUAUAGCAUGGAGUGGGUGGACAACAUGCCACUUGACUAUCUGAACUUCAAUCCUCUCGUGCAAGGACAGACACGACAAAUAUAUUUCAAUUCGUAUGAACAGGAAGUGAUGGAGCUCUGUGCCUACAUGUAUAAUGAUGCUCAUUCUGACAUGAUUGGCACCUGGGACUACAGCUCUUGCUCCGACCGUCAGAAUCUCAGCAUCUGCCAGUAUUACGCAGAUAAACCAGAGGUACCUGAUCUUAAGGAUAAUUUCACGGCUAAUAAUCACACAUUUAAGGUGAUACAGCAAGAGAAUUUAACAUGGGCAGAUGCUCAUUGGUUAUGCCAGAACUACAGUAUGAGCUUAGUCAGCAUACCUGAUGCAUAUGUGCAAGCAUUGCUCACAGUUGAGGUUUCUCGAAGACAACAACCCCUUUGGAUUGGACUCUUCAGUGAAGACGAAGGGGAGCACUUCUACUGGACAGACCACAGCCACGCUAAGUUCAGCCGCUGGACCUCCGAACCCACCAGAGGGUCCUGUGUGUAUCUGGACACUGAUGGUUUCUGGAAAGCAACCGAGUUUACUGAAGAGCUUUCAGGAGCGAUCUGCCACACCCCACACUAUAAGACCAUCAUACCAGAGAGAGAUUCGGUCAAAUGUCAUCACAAAAGCAAUGGACAGAACUGGAUCCUCUUUAAGGACAACUGCUACACGUUACUGCUGGCGGCCUCCAGGUGGGGCAACGACAAGAUCAAUGAACAGCCGAACUGCAAGACUCUUGCUGGGUCUGGAGAAAUCCUGACUAUCCGUGAUGAGGAAGAGAAUGAUUUCAUCCGACAGCAGUUGCUGCCAUUCAAAAACUUGGUGACGUUUGUGUGGCUGGGAAUGAACAAAAGCAAGACAGAUGAGCAGCUGAAGUGGCUAGAUGGCACCAAUGUGCAGUUCUCGAACUGGAAAAACGGUCAAAGACCAAACAUCACCGAGCCCUUCAUGGUUGGCCUCAACUUAUUCGGAGAGUGGCAAAUGAUAACAAAUCAAUGGUAUUUCAAAUCCUUCAGACAGCGGAGUAUUGUGGUGUGCAAGAGUGAAAAAGGUCCCAAAGAGGAAUUCAUGAAGGGUGUGGUUGACGUUGAUACACCGGACGGCAUAAGUUACCGUCGGGUGGCCAAGAGAAUGGACUGGUAUCAGGCUCAGCGAGAGUGUGGCAGCAGCGGAGGAAAUCUCGCCAGCAUUCCUGACAAAACCACUAACGACAACAUGGCACUGAUCGCCAAAAGAGACGGCUUUUCACUGUGGAUCGGCCUCUCCAAACAAGAUGUAAGCGGAUGGCCAUUUGAGUGGUCAGAUGGGAGUGCGGUAAAAUUCACACCAGAUGGAUUUGUCAAUGACGGCCAAGAUACCGAGGAGAAGUGUGUGUUUGUGGACUCCAAAGGCACCUGGACGGCCAUCAACUGUCACGCAGCUCUAGAAGGGGCCAUCUGUUACAACCACAUCAAUGAGAAAACUAGUGCACAUCUCUCUUCUCGGUCCAGCAGCAGUUGUCCCAAGAAUGAUGAUCACUUUUCUUGGGUCCUGUUUAAAGAUCACUGUUAUGCUUUCAGCAUGGAAAGCUACUCUGUCACUAACAUGGAGAACGGCAAGAACAUGUGUCAGAAUCUGGAUCCAUCCUCCAAGCUGUUAACCAUCAAGAGUAAAGAGGAGAAUGAUUUUGUCUCUGACUACGUGAAUAAAAACCCUUCCAUCACAAGCCGAGUGUGGCUGGCACUCGACGUUAAUGGCAAAGGUAAGCCCACAGGUUGGAAUGACGGCAGCAAACUGGACUUCUCUAGCUGGGAUGCUAAAUCAAAGCAAUCAGAAGACAUGUCACACGUCUGCGCAGUCAUGGUGUCCAGCAGCGGCACCUGGACUUACACAAGCUGCUCGAAUAGCCGCAGCCGAAUCGUCUGCAAAGCACCUGCCAAUCCAGGCAGCCCCGUGGCUUUGGUCUUCUUCAUCAUUCUCUUGAUCUGCAUCGUCGUGAUGGUCUCCUUCAUCUUGUACAAGAAAAACAAGCAUCGCUUCCAUUCGACAGUACGUUACCAGCGCAACUUUGAUGACACAGACAGUGCGAGUAUGAUCAAUGAUGAAGAAUAACGGCUCUGCUGGAUCAACUCGAAUGAAACUGUAGCCGUAAUGUGCCUUUUACUGGAAACACUCCUCUGUGCCAUCAGCAGAAACUCCUGCUUCAGUGGGUCAAACUAAAGUUAUUUAUUGUUUUUUGCCACGGACGUCACGGAAAAUAAAAUAGGAGUGAAAUUAUUUUAAGGCUUUUGAUGUUUAAAUUAUAAAAGUCUUAAAUGUUUGUGUAUAUUUUGAUCGGGGGAAUACAGGUACUUACUGUACUACAAAGAUUUGACUGUGUUACUUUGGCUUCUCUUGGGAUCAGGGGUUUUCUCUUCUUGAGCAGCACUGAAUAUUGACCUACGCAGAGGGCUGGGAUGCUUUUAAGAAUGAACAUUUUUGGCGUUUUCUUUCUUUUCUUUUUGAAGAUGUGAUUUUAACAGAUCGUGAAUGAUCCCGAAACUGUAUUAUUUCAUUUUAAAUAUUGUUUUUUUUUUUUUUGUCUUUUUUUAUUUCUAAAUGCCAGAAUUAUUAUAAGAGAUGAUAUCUAUGCAGUCAAAUGCUUAAUUCGUUCAAACUACUGAGAUCUGAUGCACUUUAUUGAGCUGUUUGAAUCGAAGCACAAAUUAUACAAUUUUAGUUAAGGAUUUAGUACAUGCUUUGUAAAUAUAUAUUUUCUUUUUCUUGUUGCUGUUGAUUGUUUGUUUGUUCGUUUUUUCAGUCUGCACCAAAGAUGUGAAGGUAAUAUAUUGCAAACCCCAAAAGAUUUCUCAAAAGACAAAAUAAAAAAAUGGUUUUCUUUUUCUUUUUUUUCAUAAUCUUUUGUUUUCGUUGUCUUUGAUUUGAUUACAUAUCAGCUUUACCUGUGUUUUGACAUCAGAUGCUCAAUAAAACAAUUUAUGUUUUCUAAUACUA